UGCUGGAUUCUCGGCAUGUGACUCCGGCACGCCGAUCGUCUGCUGGCUGUUUGCUGUGUCAAGAAAAGGAAAAACCCAACUUCCUUGUAUCGACUCAGUGCGCAAACAGAGGGGGCUUCAGAACAGCAGCUGAAAACCGGAGCGGAGCAGAAGCACGUUUAACGCGCAGCUGGGACAUAUGUGGGCUGCACCCACUGAGAAGAGAUGAAUGCUGAUGUUUUACUCUGCCCAGCUGUUCAGCCGUGGAGUAAAAACCUCAUCUCAGCGCCUCAACACCUCACACGCUCCUACACCUCUGCAUGGAUCUCUCCCUCACUGCUCCCACCUCUCGACUCUUCCCGUGCCCCCCGUGAGAACAUGUACCCAGGUGAAUCUGAGCAGACCCCGGACCCGCAGCUCCUGGAGGCCCAGCUGGAGUUCUUCCACAAGCUUGGCUACUCCACGGCUCAGGUGCAGGCCGUUCAGCAGAAGUUCGGACCCAGCAUGGAUACGGAUAAAGUGCUGGGGGAACUGGUUAGGAACGGGCCCGGUCAGGAGGCCAAGCAGGGGCCAGUCACCACGAUGUCAGUGCUGGUUCCCAGGGGGGAAACCCAGGCUGCAGGCCCUACCCUGCUGCUGCCUGUAACCAGCACUUCUCCUCAGAGCAAAGAGGAGAGCAGCGAGGAAGGAAGCACUCUGAGACCCGUUGUUAUAGAUGGCAGCAACGUGGCCAUGAGCCAUGGCAACAAGGAAGUUUUCUCUUGUCUGGGAAUCCAGUUGGCUGUGAACUUCUUCCUGGACCGAGGCCACACUGAAAUCACUGUGUUUGUUCCCUCAUGGAGGAAGGAGCAGCCCAGGCCGGACGUUCCCAUCACAGAUCAGCAAAUUCUGCGUGACCUGGAGAGGAAAAGGAUUCUGGUGUUCACACCGUCACGGCGCUACGCAGGCAAACGAGUGGUCUGUAAUGAUGACUGCUACAUCGUCAAGCAUGCCUUCGAGUCUGACGGCAUCAUCGUGUCCAACGACAUGUACCGGGACCUUCAGGGAGAGAAGCCGGAGUGGAAGCGCUUCAUCGAAGAGAGGCUGCUCAUGUACUCCUUUGUUAAUAACAAGUUUAUGCCUCCCGAUGAUCCCCUCGGUCGACAUGGACCAACUCUGGAGAACUUCCUGCGGAGGGUUCCAAAGACUCAUAAAAAACAGCCGUGCCCUUACGGGAAGAAAUGUACUUAUGGAAUCAAAUGUAAAUUCCACCAUCCUGAGCGGGCCAAGCAGUCCAAUCGCGCUCUUGCAGAUGAGCUUCGGGAGAGCGCUAAGCAGCCUUCAACUCAUCAGAAACAAGCUUCAACUCGCUCCAGUUCUGUGCCUGGACUCAGCCUCAUGUUGGUGGAGGAUAUGGCGAAGAAACUGACUCUGGCAAAUGAGAGCAGCUCCUUAAAAAAAGAGCAUAAAAAUGAACACGUAGCUCAGGUAAAGGCGAGUCACCGCUCCAGCAAGAAAGCCUCAUCCAGGAAGGAGAAGACCAGCAAACAUGGGUCCUCUGACCACGACUCAAUGCAGCACAGUCGCUCUCAGGAGCAGCUGGACUCUGGUUUAGGCUCCAUAGACAACCAGUCGGUGGAAGCUCCUUGGAGUCUGUGUGACCACCAGUAUGGGCCGGCGUACGACAUCAGUCAGCGUUCCCACAGUGUUCAACAGCAGUACUGCCCUCCUAGAAGUGCUCCGUGCAGCUGCUGCUCACAUGGCCCUCCCUCUUGUGGGAGCAUGCCGACUUUCCCGACGCAUAGCAUCGGGCCAGUGAGCAGCCGCAGCGCAGAUAUCAUACCCUACGGCCUACCUCCCCACCCCAACUAUUGCGCGUACCCAGUCAGCAUGCAUCCAUACAGCCAGCCGACAGAUUUCCAGCCCAACCGAUCUCGCACCUUCCAGCAGCAGCCACAGUGGUCAAAUCCGUUCCGCGCUCAACCCCCAGCAGUCCACAGCCUGCCGGGAGAGCGCUCACACUGGAAGCUUCCUCCGGGGACCCAGCCGAGCCCCAGCAGGGAGGAGAGAGAGGUCGUACGGAAGAAGCUCCUCGCCAUCUUCAGCGCACCGCUGGUGGACACAGCAAUGGACAUGUUCCCUGAGAUGAUGGAUCCACAGAUGCUUGUGGUUGAAAUCCUCAAUUUGCAGAGCCAGACUCAGUCACUGAGAUAAGAAGAAUCCAGUUUGAGCCCUCGUCUUUCAGUCGAAAGACUUAAGAUUAACAUGAGUUUGUGUGUUUUGUAUUGUGGUAUCCACCUUGAUUUAAAAACUGUAUUUGAAUGCUUUGGAGUUGCCUCGGUGCAGUGUUAGGGAAGAGGCAGGAUGCAGUUGAUACAAAUUGUAUCUUUUAUUUAUAAAUUUGAAAGCACAUAUGGCUUUUAAUGCCACACAAUGGGAUUAACUGACACGCUCGAGGUCCGCCUUUGUUAGGCACACCUACACAGUCAGAUUAUGCCACUUGAUUUUUUUCUAGAAGCUGUCAUUGAGGUGUUUUUAAUCAUUUAGCCCUUUGUAGAAACACCUUGCUAGAACAACGAUAAACUAAACAUUUUAAGUUUCAUAAAGACAAAUAGAACUGCUGUACUAGACUGCUUUAGCUCAUACAGGUGUAUCUAAUAUAAUGGCCACUAGUGUGUAUUAUGGAUGGGGAACAUGUUCUCAAUAUUGACGUUUUGUCAGAAGAAGCUGACAAGGUCAUGGUAAUGACCCCGAAGGUUACCUCGUGUGCAUCUCAGCAGUACUGAAAUACCUUUUGUGUCAUAUUGUCACCAUGCACCUAUGCUUUCUAAGACAUUACUGUGCAGGUUUAUACUCUGAAGCAGCCCUUCAUGAUGAAAUAUUAAUGGUUGCGUUCUCACCAACACUCCCUGAAGAAGGUAAUUGAUCUCAGUUUUCAGGGAUAUUGUUUUAUGAUGCUAAAAAGUUCAAUUCAGUUCAACUAGAUGUUGUUUUAUCAUUGAAAGAAGCUGAGCUGCAUGCUAUGGAAGCUUGUUUCCGCCACUAAAAAUAAAUAAAUAAAUAAAUCGCUGUCCGCAAAGAAAAUUUACGUAUCUCAAAUUUUCGCGUUAAUAACUAAAAAUUUCGACUUAGCGCUGCCAAUCAGGAAGCUCUGUGACGGUACAUCAUUUCCUUGUUAACCAGAAGCAGGAAGCUGAAGGCAUCAGCUGUGCAACAGAUCGACAUGAAAACUCUGAUACCUUCCUUACCUUUUUAUGCAGCUGUUUUUUGC